AGAUGGGCCCAAAGCCUCUUAACCCAAAGCUAGCCCAGGUCGGGACCGUUAGAGACUACACGGGCCCCGACACGAUCUCGGAAAAAAAAUCCCGGCCCGACCCGACCCCCUCUCGCGAUCCCGGCGCAACGGCCCGGAGGAGACGGCGGCGGCGGCGUGCUCCCCCUCCCUCCCUCCCUCCUUGUCGGCGCGAGCUCGGAGACGACCCAGAGGUGGACUGCAGCGGCGGUGCGAGCUCGGACGCGACCUGGAGGUGCAGCGGCGCGAGCUCGGCGGCGACCCCGCCUCCGGCGCCCCUCCCCCGGAAGCCGGCCUGCUCGCUGGUGCAGCCGGGCCGUCUCUCGCCUCUGUCCCGAACCGCACAAGGGAGGCGGGCCCGCUCAUCCGUUCCGUCCAGACGGCCGACGGGGAGAGGACCUCGCCGCCCGGCGUUGGACUCCGACGAGCGGCGACCGGUUCGUGAGGUGAAAUUUGAUUGAGAAGAUCGAAGGCUAACCAAGUCAGGGAACCAUCAAAUCUCCAGAAGAAGAAACCUGCUCC